CGGGAAGGGGCGGGGAGCGCGCUCCUGCGGCGGCGACGGCCGUUCUCAUCCAGGCGGCCCAGCGCUCGAGUGGACGCGGGGCUUCGCAAAUGGCUUGUCCCGCUCUCGGUCUGGAAGCUCUUCAGCCCCUGCAGCCUGAGCCGCCCCCCGAGCCCGCCUUCUCCGAGGCGCAGAAGUGGAUCGAGCAAGUAACCGGCAGGAGCUUUGGUGAUAAAGAUUUUCGGACAGGCUUAGAAAACGGAAUCCUUCUCUGCGAGUUGCUGAAUGCUAUAAAGCCAGGACUUGUUAAAAAGAUCAAUAGAUUGCCUACCCCCAUUGCAGGAUUGGACAACAUCAUCUUAUUCUUGAGAGGUUGUAAAGAGCUCGGCCUUAAAGAAUCUCAACUUUUUGACCCUAGCGACCUACAGGAUACAUCCAACAGAGUAACACUCAAGAGCAUUGAUUAUAGUAGGAAGCUGAAAAAUGUAUUAGUUACCAUUUACUGGCUGGGAAAGGCAGCGAAUAGCUGUGCAUCCUACAGUGGAACGACGCUGAACUUGAAGGAGUUUGAAGGCUUGCUGGCUCAGAUGAGAAAGGAGACUGAUGACAUCGAGAGUCCUAAACGUAGUAUCCGAGACAGUGGUUACAUCGACUGCUGGGAUUCUGAGCGCAGUGACUCCCUGUCUCCCCCUCGCCACGGCAGAGAUGAUUCCUUCGACAGCCUGGAUUCCUUUGGCUCCCGUUCCCGGCAGACACCUUCGCCAGAUGUAGUCCUCAGGGGAAGCAGCGAUGGGAGAGGAAGUGACUCUGAAUCUGACUUGCCACAUCGGAAGCUGCCUGAUGUGAAGAAGGAUGACAUGUCUGCCAGGCGGACUUCUCAUGGUGAGCCGAAAUCAGCAGUGCCUUUUAACCAGUACCUCCCGAACAAAAGCAAUCAGACGGCCUAUGUGCCCGCUCCUCUGAGAAAGAAGAAAGCAGAGCGAGAGGAAUAUCGGAAGAGCUGGAGCACCGCCACCUCCCCCCUGGGUGGGGAGAGGCCCUUCAGCUAUCCCGAAACAAUAGAGGAAGAGGGAAGUGAAGCGGGGUCUCCUUGUGAAGAGGAGGAACCAGCUGGCCACAUGGAUCCUGAUGGGAAGCCUUCUGAUGGUGGGUUAGAAUUACCCACUGGCAGUGGUAAGGAGCAGCCUCCUCCAGAGGGAGCUGCAGUAGUACCAGCUCCCAAGUCUGAAGAAAAGGAUGCUGCUGAAAUCCAAAAGCGCAGAAGGCUAGAGCAAGCUGGGAUCAAGGUCAUGCCAGCAGCACAGCGCUUUGCCAGUCAAAAGCAAUUAAGCGAUGAGAAAGAAGCUGUUCGCGAUAUUGUCCUUCGGAAAGAAAACCCUUUCCUGACCCACCAACAUGGCAAAAACUCAGAAUCAGAAGAGGAACUUGCGUGUCGACUGCCUGACCUUGAGAAAGAUGACUUUGCCGCGAGGAGAGCCAGGAUGAACCAGACCAAACCAAUGGUGCCACUGCAUCAACUCCUCUACGGGCCUUACCGCAAAAAAGAGGCAGAAAAAUCAGAGAGCAGCAAACUUUCAAAGGGAAUCUCAGAAAAGAAAAGUCUAGAAUAUAAAAGAAACCAGGGCCAAACAGAAGAGGGGAAGUCAGUAGUGACCUGUAUUAUGCGGGCUCGGGAGAGUGAAGCUGCGGAAGAGGGACUCAGGAAGGUGCCGGAUAUUUACAAGGAUGACCUGGCACAGCGGAGAAUUCAGGGCAGCCUUGCCCCUCACCGUGAGGCUCCGAGCUUUGUCAGCACCUCCAGUAUAACAGAAGCUGACUUGGAGACCUGGAAGAGACUGAAAGUGUCAGAAAAGACGAGGGAUGAAGAUGUUGAGCACAUCUGUGCCCCUGAACCUUCAGCAGAAAUUAAAGCAGAAACUGCCAUCCGGGAUGACUUUGCCAGCCGCAAAGCAAGGGCCUAUAAGAAAGUUUCCGGCUCCAGGCAAAAGUUUGUGCACUUUGGACCAGUGACAGAGAUAGAUCAGCAGAAAUGGAAACGGCUCAGCAUUGGCAAGGCUGGGCCUAGGGAGAACGUAGAAGUCACCAGUCAUAGCAGCAAGAUUCAAACGUACUCUGUGUCCUCUGCCUCAGCAGCCACGUCCAGCUUAGAGGAGAACCGACUGCUUAAGCCACAAAAUGACGACAGCGUAGUGGAUUCUGGCGUAGACGAUGGAUGCAGAAGGGUCUCGCGGCGGGCUCCGGUGCUGGAGUCCCAGGAGGAGCCCGUCGGCGGUUUGGGCACAUGCCUAACAGGGAAAGAGGAAGUUACAUCCAAACAGCUGCCACAGGAUGGCAAAGAAGAGAAAGAAGGAGGUGCUCAAAGAGCCUCUGAGAUGCCGCCAAAGGCUGAAAGAUCCAAGGAGAGCGGCCAGCCACUUUCGUGUCCUCUGGCCUCUGAAUGGGAGGCUUCAGGGAAAGAAGAGCUCUCAGAGAAAAUGACCGCUCCUGCCUGGAGUGGCAGCAGACUGAAAAAUCAAAGAAAGUUGUAUGAUUCACAAAAAGAUGACAUCAUGGCCAGGAGAACUGGGAUGCCCCUUAGACACAUUGGAUCCAACCCAAACCAGUUCCUUCCAGUUCCAUUUGCAAAGCAACAGGAUGCGGAGGAAUCUGCAAAGGGCCCAUCAAUGAAAGAUAAGAGAUACGGUCCGAGAACUCCUGUGUCUGAUGACGCAGAGAGCACGAGUAUGUUUGACAUGCGAUGUGAGGAGGAGGCUGCAGUGCAGCCGCACAGCAGGGCCCGCCAGGAGCAGCUGCAACUGAUAAAUAACCAGCUGCGGGAAGAGGACGACAAAUGGCAAGAUGACCUGGCUCGUUGGAAGAGCCGUAGAAGAAGUGCUUCUCAGGACUUAAUCAAGAAGGAGGAAGAAAGGAAAAAAAUGGAGAAGUUACUGGCUGGAGAGGAUGGGACAAGUGAACGAAGGAAAAGCAUCAAAACCUACAGAGAAAUUGUUCAGGAAAAAGAGCGGAGAGAGAGGGAGUUGCAUGAGGCGUAUAAGAACGCGCGGUCCCAGGAGGAGGCGGAGGGCAUCCUUCAACAGUACAUCGAGAGAUUCACCAUCAGCGAGGCUGUUCUUGAACGCUUGGAGAUGCCAAAAAUCCUGGAAAGAAGCCAUUCAACAGAGCCAAAUUUAUCCCCCUUCCCGAACGACCCCAACCCCAUGAAAUACCUGCGGCAACAGUCACUGCCUCCACCCAAAUUCACUGCCACUGUGGAAACCACCAUCGCUCGUACCAAUAUUCUGGAUACCAGCACAUCAGCAGGCAGUGGGUCUCCGAGCAAAACUGUCACUCCCAAAGCAGUGCCUAUGCUGACACCCAAGCCUUACUCCCAGCCCAAAAACUCUCAAGAGGUUCUGAAGACCUUUAAGGUAGACGGGAAAGUCAGCAUGAACGGAGAAACGGUCCAUGGCGACGAGGAGGAGAAGGGACGCGAGGGCGCCGCGCAUGCACUCACCCCCUCCUUAACCAAAUCCCAGAUGUUUGAAGGUGUGGCCAGGGUGCAUGAGUCCCCAGUGGAGCUGAACCAAGACAACAAGAGCAUCGAGAUCAACAUAAAGAAGCCAAAUCCUGUUCCCCAAGAACUGACGGCAACCACUGAAGAAAUUGAACCGAACAGUCAAGAAGACAAGAUUGAUGGUGAAAAACCAGAAGAAGGGAAUACAGAACUUGCCUCAUCAGAGCCACAGCAUUUUACAACCACUGUGACUCGAUCCAGCGCGACCGUGGCCUUGGUGGAGAUUGCCUCCAGCCCCAAGCUGAAGAACAAUGUGCCAGAAGAAGACGACCAGAAGAAACCAGAAAAUGAAAUGAGUGGAAAGGUGGAGUUGGUGCUGUCGCAAAAGGUGGUAAAGCCAAAAUCUCCAGAACCAGAAGCAACGCUGACGUUUCCAUUUCUGGACAAAAUGCCUGAAACCAACCAGUUACAUUUGCCAAAUCUCAAUUCUCAAGUCGAUUCUCCAAGCAGUGAAAAGUCACCUGCAACUACACCUUUUAAGUUCUGGGCAUGGGACCCGGAAGAGGAGCGCAGGCGACAGGAAAAAUGGCAACAGGAGCAGGAACGUUUGCUCCAGGAGAGAUACCAGAAGGAGCAGGACAAGCUGAAAGAAGAGUGGGAAAAGGCCCAAAAGGAGGUGGAAGAGGAAGAGCGCAGAUACUAUGAGGAGGAGCGCAAAAUAAUUGAAGACACUGUGGUUCCAUUUACCCUUUCUUCGAGUUCUGCAGACCAGCUGUCUACAUCCUCCUCUAUGACUGAAGGCAGCGGGACAGUGAAUAAGAUGGACCAGGAAAACUGUCAUGAAAAAGAACAAGAGACAAGACAGAAGAAACCAUUCCAGGGGGACAACCAUGACCUGUCGCUGAAGACCAGAGAAAGCGAGCCACUGGAGGCAAAGGGCAGCCUUACUCAGGGGGCCUUGACUGAUGCUGAGAACCCAACAUCAAAAGGAACCCAUCAGGACGAUCGACUGGUUGCAGACGCUGGAGUCCCACCCUGUGGAAUGAACCCACAGCUAGUUCAGGAUCCAUCCUGGAAUCAGCAGGUAUCAAGCCUGCCAAUGAACACCUUAGAAGAUGUGAAGCCAAAAACCCUCCCAUUGGAUAAAAGCAUUAACCAUCAGAUUGAGUCACCGAGUGAAAGGCGAAAGAAAAGCCCUCGAGAGAACUUGCAGGCGGGACACGUGUCCCCCUGUCCUCCCGCCCCUCCUGGCGAGUCACCAAACAGGUCCAUAAGUGGGAAGAAGCUGUGCUCUUCCUGUGGGCUUCCUUUGGGGAAAGGAGCUGCGAUGAUCAUCGAGACCCUCAAUCUCUAUUUCCACAUCCAGUGCUUCAGGUGUGGAAUUUGUAAAGGACAGCUUGGAGAUGCCGUGAGUGGGACGGAUGUCAGGAUUCGCAACGGUCUUCUAAACUGCAACGACUGCUACAUGCGAUCCAGAAGUGCUGGCCAACCCACAACAUUGUGACAUGGUUUUCCAGCUUCCAGAUCACUCACCACUUCUUUCUAGAGAGUGUCUCCUGGCAAUUGUUUAACAGAAUCCCAAGUUCAGGGGCUUCUCAGCACUCAUCUAAUUUCUGAAAGGCGAUUCUAAAACAUGGUAUCUGUCCUUUUAUAGCACAGUGUUUGUGUUUUUCCUGGGGUUUUUUUUUGU